AUGCCGACAGCAGACAUCGAUCUCCAGACCGGCGCAAUCAACGAUGGAUCAUCAUCGGGCCAAGUCGGACACGGGUUCGCCGUCAGAAACCAGCCACCACAGCGACCAAAACAGCCACCACCACGAACCGCCGCGCAACAGCCCAAUCGCCAAGGCGGUUUCAAACCCGACAAAUCAAAAUUUUGGUGCUCUCAUUGCGGAAAACAAAGACAUACUCGAGAUACAUGUUUCCUCCUCAUUGGAUUUCCGGAAUGGUGGGAUGAAAAUCAAAAGGCUAAAGCUCGAUUAGCCAUCGGAGUCGAAGAUGGAGGCGGAUUAUUUCUGCAAGGAGCAGGGAAUAGGGAGAUGACUAACACCCGUGGGAGAGCAGGAGAUACCGGUCCUCAACCGGGUGGAGGCGGCAGGCCCGGCGAGGCAGCCUUCGCGGAGAAGAAAGGAGGCGGGUCAUAUGGAGAAUGGCAUUCCUUCUUCCUCUUUUCUCCUCAGCAGUUCCAUUCCAUUGAUUCAUACUCUACAGCUUUUAUCUCUCCGAAACGCCUUUUCCAUUUGUCAUCAAACCAACACUACCGCGAUGCUUCACUUCAAUUAUCGAGCUACAUCUCCAAUCGAGGAUUUCGCAUUUCCGAUCAAUGGAGAAUUGGGGUUUCCUUUUUCGCCCCUUUCUUGGACAGAAGCAGCGAAAUCGAGAGCCUGAAGCAGCAGCUUCUCGAUGCUAUUGCUCCGCUCGACCGAGGCGCCGACGCUACUCCGGGGGACCAGCAGCUUGUCGAUCAGAUUGCAAGCAAACUUGAAGCGAAGAACAAAGUGAAAGAACCGCUCAAGUCGAAUCUUCUGAAUGGGAAAUGGGAGCUCUUGUUCACAACAUCCAAGUCUGUUAUUCAGAGUGAGUUGCGGCAGAGACCCAAGAUCCUCAGACCAAAUGGAAAAAUUUACCAAGCAAUCAACUUGGAUACCUUGAGGGCUCAAAAUAUCGAAACUUGGCCAUUUUUCAAUCAGGCUACAGCUAAUUUGGUUCCACUAAAUCAAAGAAGAGUUGCUAUUAAGUUCGAUACUUUUAAGAUUGCUGGUGUGAUACCUAUUAAGGCACGUGGAAGUGGGCGUGGUAAACUUGAAAUUACGUACUUGGAUGAAGAGCUGCGUUGCAGAAUAUCGCGGGGAAAUCAAGGGAAUCUAUUUAUACUUGGAAUGGUGGAUCCCUUUUACAGAGUACCCGUGUAGGAGCUCCAAACACGGUUCAACAGAGAUGAAUUUACUGUAAUAGUAUGACUGUAUGAGGGGCGAUCAAGGGGAGGUUAGUGUUGGUUGUGUUUCAAAACUUUACUGUAAAAGUAUGUGUAUAAGGGAAAAUAUAUGUAGUAUUUAAGUUCCGUCACAUGUAUUUUUAACAUUUUUUCUGAGGCAAAUUUUCUCUCGAAAUCACAAUUCUCGCCUAAUGGUGUCGUUGCUGCAUUCUCGAAGUUGAUGGAAUUUGAGUUGUUGGUGAAUGAGUAGCUAACCUUAUUCAAAUGAAGGCCACAUCUUUCGAUGUUUGUUUGCAAUCUAUAGUUUCUUGUUAUUGAUUAAAGUUCAAUUUAAUUGGCAUUUUCUGAUGUUAAUUUGGUUUUUUUACUUCCUGGGGA